AUGGGUACAACAGAAGCCAACAAUCUCAAGAGCUUGGAUAAAAUCUACAUAAAGGAAAUUAUUGAGACAAAAGCAUUCGGUUCAAAACAAGUAGAGCAAAGGCCUCGUGAACUAGUUGAAAUGGUUGGUGACAUAGUGAAGAGAUGUUCUGGCUCUCCUUUGGCUGCCACAGCUUUGGGCUCUGUACUACGUACCAAGACCAGCAAGCAAGAAUGGGAAGGUAUACUAAAUAGAAGCAUGAUUUGUGAUGAGGAAAAUGGAAUUUUACCAGUACUUAAACUCAGUUACAAUUGCUUGCCGUCAUAUAUGCGGCAAUGCUUUGCUUUUUGUGCUAUGUUUCCACAGGAUUAUGAGAUUGAUGUGCAAAGUCUAAUCCACCUAUGGAUGGCCAAUGGUUUUAUCCCAGAGCAACCAGGAGUGUGUCAUGAAACCAUUGGAGAAAAAAUUUUCAAUGAGCUGAAGUCGAGGUCGUUUUUUCAGGAUUUGAAAAGCGUCCCAUUUGACAAAAGAAUUUCUACUUCUGCAAGGAGUACGAACAUGUAUUGUUCUAGAAUUACUUGUAAGAUCCACGACCUUAUGCAUGAUGUUGCAGAAUCUGCUAUGGGAAAAGAAUGUGCUGCAAUAACUACACGCCCGAGCCAAAGUGAGGGUGCUCUUCAUUCAACUCGUCAUUUGUAUUUAUCAGUCAAUCGACCAGAAAAUCAUCUGAAUGCUUCCCCAGAGAAAGGAUCUCCAGCUUUCCAAACAUUGAUAUGUGAUGGAUAUGUAAAAGAAGAUAUGAAGAUCUUAUCAAAAUACAACUCUAUUAGAGCAUUAAAGAUCGAUCGGGGCUCAUUCCUAAGGCCGAAAUAUCUUCAUCACCUGAGGUAUCUUGAUCUCUCAGGAAGUGAUAUUGAAGCACUUCCUGAAGACAUCAGCAUCCUGUAUCAUCUGCAAACACUCAACCUUUCUGAUUGCCGUGUUCUUGAGCGACUUCCAAAGGAACUGAAGUAUUUGACUUCCCUCCGUCACCUCUACACUCACAAAUGUCCAAAGUUGAAAAGCAUGCCCGCAGAGCUCGGACACCUCUCUUGCCUGCAGACACUCACAUGCUUUGUUGUAGGUACUGACACCAGUUGCAGUAAUGUGAGAGAGCUGCAGAAUUUGGACCUUGGUGGUAGACUAGAGCUAAGACAGCUCGAAAAUGUCGCAAGAGCAGAUGUUGUAGAAGCAGCAGGUCUUGGAAAUAAGAAAAAACUGACCGAACUGGAGUUAGUAUGGACUGAUAAUGACCAGCAGGCACAGAAUAAUAAUCAUAAAGAGGUGGUGCUAGGUCUCAAACCUCAUGAUGGGCUGAAGGCCCUAAGGAUAUAUUCAUGUGGGAGUAGUACUUUUCCAUCAUGGAUGAAUAUGUUAAAUGGCAUGGUGGAGUUUACAUUAUCUAGUUGCAAAAAGCUCGAGAAGCUUCCUGCACUCUGGCAGUUACCAGUUCUGGAAAUUCUUCACCUGGAAGGAUUGCCGAGUUUACAUUGUUUGUGCAGCGGUGGUACUACACCCAUCACAUUUCAGAAACUGAAGGUGCUAACCUUGUUUGCGAUGGAAAAAUUUGAGGCAUGGUGGGACACAGAUGUGGUGCAAGGAGAAGAGCCGAUAUUUCCCAAGGUUGAGGAGCUGCAGAUCCGUUGGUGUGGAGGUUUGACUGCAUCACCAAAAGCAGCGCUAGUGAUUAUGGAAUCAUCUGGCAGAGUUGACACUAAGUGCCGCUCCGCAUUUCCAGAACUGAGAAAAAUGAUGUUAAAUGAUUUGAAUAUGUUUGACAGGUGGGAGGCAGUCGAAGGAAAUCUAGGAGAAGGGGUAACAUUUCCUCGGCUCGAGGAACUGUACAUCAGCCAUUGUGCAAGCCUCAGUGCACUACCAAAAAGGGUCGUUAUUGGUUAAACAAUCAUUUGGCGGAGCUGAAACUGUGUGUUGUCACUCUGCAUUUCCAGCACUGAGGAAACUAAGCUUAUCUUGUUUGUCGGCCCUUGAGAGGUGGGAGAAGAGGUAACAUUUCCUCUGCUGGAGGAAUUGAAAAUUGAUGGCUGCCCGAAGUUGACUGAUCUACCUGAUGCACCGAGGCUAAGUGAAUUAGCCAUAGAAGGACAUGAUCAAAAAAUAUCCCUGCAGGCAGCUAGCAGAUGCAUUCCGUCACUGUCCAGUCUGCGUCUGGAUGUGUCACCCGAUGACACAGAAACAACAUUGCAGCAUGUCAAGCAGAAAUGGAAGCUUGAACUCCCCCUAGCAACUAUGUGCUUAUGUAGGUGCACC